AUGUCUCGACGAUUGUUACCGAAGCCUUCGUUUGCAGCUACGUCGGCAGACGAAAAUCGAGUUACCAAACCCCUGGACCGGCGGGUCAAACGGAACUGUGUAGCUACAGCUUGUAUGCCAUGUCGGAAGCGGAGAUCAAAGUGUGACGGACAAACUCCCUGUGCGGCGUGUCUAGCAAACGAUAAGUCUGAAUGUUUUUAUGACAAGGAAAGUGACGGACGGCGAUCGGGUACCCUGAAAAAACACGUUACCGAGUUGUCUUCGGACAACAACAAUCUUCGUUGCAUUUUAGGAACUCUGCAAAAUUCGUCAGAAGAUUACAUGCGUAAUAUAGUCAAUCGACUGCGCAUGAAAGAGGAUAUCGAAGUUAUUGCGAAAUACAUCAAGGAGCAUCCUCCGGGUUCAGAACCACCUCCAAGCAAAUUAAGCACAGCAGAAUCCGAUAGAUCGAGUCCGCUUGUGCCAAGAGAACACCGAGAGUCCACUGGAUCCACAGACAUUGAAUCUUCCAACGGAGGAUAUGUAUAUUCUUAUGGAUCUCCGGAACUGGAGGAAGGGUGGACGUAUAAUAAUAAUGGGCGUGGUACGACUCCAAGUUCUUUCGGAGGCUCUACCACUUCUGUUGGAAGUCCCCCAUCGCUAGGCAGUCCUCCUCCUCCGGAUAUCAACACAACAGUUCGUUCUUGGACGACUGUGACUGAUGAUGUCGGUUUCAUUCGUCAUAUACUGGACUGCUUUUUCAUAUGGCAGCACGCCUGUACUCCAAUUUUUUCGAGAAGGAGGUUCUUAGAAGACUUUAUUAGAGGUAAAUCUGAUUUUUGCAGUUCUAUUCUUGUAAACGCUCUGCUUGCCUUGGGAUGUGCCUUUUCAGAUAGACCCGGUACUCGUACAGACCCGGAAGACCCAACAACUGCAGGCGACCAUUUCUACACUGAAGUAGAACGCCUUUUAGAAAUUGAAAACGUGCAAAACAAAAUCACAACGAUACAGGCACUUGGAAUCCUAAGCAUGAGAGAAAGUGGGUAUCUUAGGGACGUCAAGGGAUGGUUUUACGGAAGUCUUGCUCUUCGUGCAGCCUCUGAAACACUACAUAAGAGCUCGCAAGACUAUACCGAGCCAGACCUUGAGGUUUGGAGGGUGACAUACUGGGGGCUAUUUAAUCUUGACUUAUCAUGGUCGAUUGCAAUAGCAAGGCUACCCCAACUCACUGGGAGGGCCUGGGAGCUACCAACGAUCGACUAUGAAUUAGAUAGGGAGGAGUACCUAGAACAAGCGGAGCUUUUAUGGUACUCCACAGGAAAAGUCCCUCAUGUUCACGGUGCAUUCUUACAGUAUAUCAAGUUGUCAGGAAUUGCCAAGGAUAUUGUAAAUGCCUUCUAUUCCCCAUCAACCCAAGAAGAAAAGGUCACGCCAAAGAUGCUGGAUAGAUUUCAUAGGCGUCUUCUGGCUUGGGAUGUGGAGCUUCCCGAAGAGCUAAAAUUAUCAUCCACAACCUUACCGCAUAUUCUUCAACUUCAACAACCUCUAAACGAUGUUAGCUUGAUCUGUCGAGCAACAACCAUCAUGCUUUUCCGUCCGUUCCUACAAGUACCAGUGAGCGGCUUGUCCGAGAACUCGCCGAGGAGCAUUUGCAAGAAGGUUGCCAAAGAAAUAAUCAAGAUUGCACAUAGAUAUCGGCAUGAAAUUGGGCACAAAUAUUUCAUCCUUCCAUUUUGUCACUACACCUUCCUUGCAUGCCAGACAUUUCUACAGGAUCAACCAGCAGAGGAAGAGAACCUGAACCAUGGCCUGCGUUUGCUUGCAGGAGCCAAACACUUAUGGCCUGCAGGAGCUCUUGGGCUCUUCGGGUUACCUAGGAUCGCUGAGACUUGCGGUAUUCAACUCUCUAAAGAAACUCUUUCAAUCCCAAAUUUGACAAAAAUCGAGGUCGGGCGCAUGGCCAGCACCAGUUGGGCUUCAGCCAGGGAGGAGGAGGUCAAAGUAGUCACUGAUGAAUUUCUCGAUUACUGGGAAAGAGCUUUUGCAGAUGUAUAA